CAACGAGGAGUUCCUGCUUUCUUGAACAAACUGUACAGUAUGGUCGACGAUUCGGCGACAGAUAGUCUAAUUCGUUGGUCAGCGGACGGUGCAUCCUUUAUUGUUGAGCGACAUGAACUUUUUGCCAAAACGAUCUUGCCGCGCUUCUACAAGCACAAUACAUUUGCGUCGUUUGUCCGGCAACUCAACAUGUAUGACUUCCACAAGAUCCCAGCUGUCCAGCAAGGCGUGCUUUUCCCAGAUACAGAGCGUGAAAUUUGGGAGUUCAGUCAUGCCAACUUCCGACGCGGGCGACAAGAUCUUCUGAUGCUCGUUACUCGAAAACGCAAAGACAAGGGUGACGGCGAUCCUGACAGCAUGACUUUAACGUCCGUGGUGAAGCAGAUCUCGUCCAUCCGAAGCCAUCAGUUGACCAUCAGUCAGGAUUUGCGUACCUUGCAGCAAGACAACUCGAUCCUCUGGCAAGAAUCGCUUGCGGCUCGAGAGAAGCAUCAGCGUCACCAGGAUGUCAUUGAAAAGAUUUUGCAGUUUUUGACGGCCGUGUUU